GGUGGUUGACGCGACGCGAUGCGGCACGCGGACGCACGUGGAGCAGUCUUUGGAUCGAUAGGUAAGCUGUUGGUGUUUUGACAAAGCGGUCGAUCAACUCGCGUACGCUUCGGGUCAAUUCGAGGGCGUGUGUGUUUAAAUCGCGUUGAAUCGUUCAAGUACGGAGACAGCGCGCGACCGACUGCUAUCAUCGAUUUCCAUGUCCAUUGCUCCUCGUCUUGUCCGUCGCCGUUUAGCGCCCUUAAAAAGCCGAAUAAAAAGAAACGCGUUCGUUUCUGCGUCGGAUACGCAGGAGGUCGAGAAACGGAAAGGUGCAAGGUGAAAAGUAGAGCGACGAAAGGGAGAGAAUGUAGGGCAAAGGUGAACGAGAGGUGAACGGCACUACGGACGGCAUGGCAGCUAGCUGGAUAGGUGGUAGGAAACGGAGGCGCAUCUGCGCAGAUGUUCUUCAGAUUUAUGAGGUUCAAUAAUAAUUUGUCAGGAAUACGUGGAGGGUAAUAGACCGCUUUGUACUCGCGUCGGAACUCGCUCGACGUUUUUGGUAUAACGCUUUCGAUAUCGAUCAAACUUGCCGCUCCGCGGAAUCCUAUCGAUUCCGGCUGGCUAGCGCCGAUAUCACCGUCUCUGCUAUCUCUUCCAAUCUUUCCGUUUAUUUUGAAAAACAAAGUUUAAGCUCGAUCGAUUGGUCGUGGGUGUCUGGUCCAGCAGCGUAAACUAGGCCGUGCGUACAAUGUUUGAUCGAUCCGAGUCGAUAGGAGAGCACUGGUCGAUGUUGGUCGAUCCUGGUCCACCCUUUGCUUUUCGUAGUAGCACCGGCUCGGAGCGAUGGCUAUAUACCUAGUAGGAAAAAGGAAAAGAUAAGAAAAAAAAACCCAGAGACAUGGUAUAAAGAGACGCGGAGACGGAAUAGCCGGGGAGUAAUUUGGUAAAGCGAAACGAGCACGGAUUACGGAUACGACUUCUUGACUCGCUGGUCGAAAGAAUAAGGGUCGAAGGAGGAGGAGGGGGCAGGGUUGAGCAAAGGAGCGAAGAAGCGAGAUAACGGAAAGAGGAGGAAUACGAGCAGGGAGGAUAAGGGCAGGUAUAGGUUGCGACGGUGCUGCUAGUUUAGUAGUUUUACCCCCUUGGGGUAAAAGCGCGCAAGCGCUAGUGUUCUUUCCCGAUGCUCGCUCGCACUCGACGCCAGUAAUCCGUGAAACGCGAACGUGCAAGGUGUUGUUUUGCCCGACAGAUCACCACGGUCACGGUCGAAUAGAGGAGACAAAGUCCCGAGACGAGGGAUAGAAAGCAGAAUGAAGAGAAGAGAACGCGUACGGUUCGGCGAAAAAGGCGACGGUAUCGAGUAAAGUUUGAGCGAACGCAUUCGAAUCCUCGUUCCACCGCGUCGUUCCUUGUUCCGCGAUGCUCGAGAGGAGAAAACGGUGCGUGACGCGUUCGUAAAGGUUGUCGGCAAAAAUUCUUAGCGAUCUACGCGGCUUGUUGUGCAGAAGAGGAGGAGGAGGAGGAGGAGGAGAAGGCGGAGGAGGGAGGCACGAUAAAGGGGCGAAGAGGAAGAAGGAGGAGGAGGAGGAGGAGAAGGAGAAAGGGAAUUAUAGAAAGAAGCAUCGGGUUAUGAAAGAGAGGAUAGAGUAAGGAGGAGAUCGAGAUAGAGGGUGUGAAAGAAAGAGGAGAGGUGGCAUCGCUAGGAUCGUAUAGAAGAGCCUCGUGACGGAGGGGCUUCGUACGGCCCUGGCGCGACUGCGGCAUUGCACCCCCACAGGGGGUUCUCUGCCAAACACACCGAAUCCGCCCUCCACCCCAGAGCACAGAAACCACGGAUGUGUGGCGGAUGGUCGCGGGUCAGCCGGCCGUAAGAAGGAGGGUAACACACGGGGCAAUGGGACCGAUUCGGCGGCGAGGGCCGAGUCGCAGCAGCCGCAGUCGCAGUCACAGCCGCAUUUGCAGUCGCAGUCGCAGUCGCAGCCGCAGUCGCAGUCGCAAUCGCAAUCACAAUCCCAAUCCUCGUCGGAAUCGCAAUCGCAAUCGCAAUCGCAAUCGCAAACGCAGGUAUCGCGUGCGAACGGUAGCGGUGCAUCCCAUCGGCACAAUGGAGCGGAUAAUUCGCGGGAAACCGAUCUGUUGUCUCACGCUGCCUCCGCGCUACGAAGGCUGCACUUCAAAUCCGCCGGCGGCAGUCGAAGUUGUCGCACCGUUCCAAAGGUCGUGGUCAUGGGUUCGAGCACCGCCUCCGAAACUACCAUCAACACCAGCACCGACAGCGCCAACACGAUGCUCACAAUGGUGACGACAACGGACGGAGAGCAGCCGGACGAUAGUUUCGAUUUGAUGGACAUCCCCUCGGAGAUGUCUCCUCCCGCACCGUCCUCCACCGUUUCAACGACCGAACUCGAACCGAUUCCUCCGCCUCCUCCGUUGCCGCCACCCCCGCCACCACCACCCCAACCUCCGUCUUCGCUACCGAUCGAAUACUCGACCGACGACGAGAAGGAACUCGAGGAGAGCGUUGGAUCGGCAUCGAACGGUGCCACCUUCAAAUCCGACACCGACAACGCGCGUCUCGAUGCUCGAGCAUCUAGCAUCGCGAAUCUUCUCGACGAGACCGUCACGCUUCCGGUCGUCGACGCGAUGCCCAACGCCACCAGCCUCCUCAACGAGACCAGGGUGUCCGUUUCCGGGAGAACUCCGGCGCUUCCGGAUCUUCGAGCGGCCGAUUUCUUUAGCACACCCGUAAGAGGUUCGGUGGACGCGGGUCAACCGGAUUCGAAUUGCUCGAAUCCGAUGUUGACGUUGCUUCUGACCAGAAACCAAGAGGAUGCCAAUUCACCGAGCGACGAGACGAAACAGGGCCAAGGGAAGCCAAGCGUGAACGUAACGACGAACCCCUUGGACGUGUCGUUGAUAGGAACGCGUGCGAGCAUCGAGCGGUCCUCCGACGGUCCGGGUAGGACCGGUAACGGGAAAUCUCGAGGAAAGGCCGCAGAAUCGCAUCCCCUCGUUUCAACCAUUCAUUCAUGGGUCAGGCUCUUUUUCCCGUUUUGCGCAAUAGGGGGCAACGCGAGCGGAAAUAAGAGAUCGGCGCAAGCGGCAACGAUCGUGGUUCAACAACCGUCGCUGUCGUUGGAUGGUUCGGCCGGCGCUGCCACGAUACUGCUGCACCCGGAGCUGGACGUCAGGCGUCGAGAAGAGAACAUGAGGCAACUGUUGGACGUGGCGAACACGCUGACGCUGCAGGAGAUACACGACUUCGAGAUGAGAUACGGCAGCCCACAUCACAGUCGGUCCCAGUCGGUCAAGACCCCCGGCAGCCGUUCGUCGGGCAGGGCGAAUUAUCUCUGUCUUCCCCAGCAAAGGUCGAGGGUGGCGAGCAUGCCGAACACCGGCGUCGAGGAAGAGUACUACAGACUACGGCAUUUCAGCAUAACCGGUAAAGGGGUGGUGAACCGAGGUGACUCGUUAAAAAGUCGGAGAUCCCGAUCCAACAAUAGCGUCGCUUCGAGCAAUUCGAGGCGGUGCAGCACGGAACAUCUGACCGCUUCGUAUCCUGGCUCGGCGAGGAACUCCGCAGCCGGCUCGUUGGCCAGUUCUCGCGAGAGCAGCGCGUCUCAGGGACCAACGCCGUACCGCGUGCUCAUGCUCGGAGCUCCGGCCGUUGGCAAAAGCUCCCUCGUUUCCCAAUUCAUGACCUCCGAGUAUCUUCACGCUUACGACACAUCGAUCGACGACGAGUCGGGAGAGAAAACGGUCAGCGUGCUGUUGGCCGGCGAAGAAUCCGAGCUGACUUUUAUCGAUCAUUCUUGCGCCGAGAUGACGCCAGAGAAUUGCAUAGCCACGUACGAACCGCACGCUUACUGCGUCGUCUAUUCGACGACCGAUCGAGCCUCGGUACGAAUCGCCGAGGAAGUUUUGCAGACUCUAUGGCGGAGCGAUUACGUAUCGGCCAGAGCGGUGAUUCUAGUUGGGAACAAAGUCGACCUCGUUCGCAGUCGAUUGGUUUCGACCGAAGAAGGAAAGUCUAUGGCUACAUCGUACGAUUGCAAGUUCAUCGAGACGUCCGUUGGUAUCAAUCAUAACGUCGACGAACUUCUGGUCGGUUUGCUAACGCAGAUUCGUUUGAAGCUCGAGAACCCCGAACGAACGAGGGACCUCUUUCGAAAAAGAUCGCGAAAGAAUCGUAGUAAAUCGCCUUUAGGAUCUUGCUCUGAAAAUAAUUCGCCGAAAAAAUAUCGAGGUAGUCGUACAAGUACCAGCCUGAAGGUACGAAAUUUAUUAGGUAAAGUAUGGGCGAGGGACAGCAAGUCCAAGAGUUGCGAAAAUUUACACGUCCUUUAAUUUCUUUUACGACGACUAAAACACGACCCCCGUUGUUCUUCGAACUUUUACAAUUGUUAAUCGAGACCCCUACCCACCUGUCACCCCUUACGAUCCGUAUCGUCUUUUUUUCUCCUCCCCUAUAGAAACACUAAAAUCUUUCGGCAAUUCGGCAGAAAGCCGCGCGUUGCGCACCUUUUUUCUAUCCCCUGUCAACUGUCCCUACCCCUUUACCCAUUUUUCCCAAUUUUUUUCCCGGCGUCGUGAUGCAAUCGUUUUAUCGAUCUCUUUUCUCUUCGCAUGCUCGAUGUAUCGCCAUUCCAUUGUCUACGAUAUCUAACGCGAAUUACGUAAACCUUACGGAAUCUUGUUCUCCGAAAUCGUGUAGACCGAUGCGUAGCUACGUGUAACCGAUCUUCGGUUAUCAUCGAAUCUUACAAUUAGUAAGUGUAUAGUAGAUAAAGCGUAUCACUUGGACGUAGGUAUGCUGUAUUUCGUGCGCAAAUCUAACCACGCAGGAGUAACACUUAUUCGUAUCUUCCAACGUCGGUUCUAUCGUUAUCAGAGCAGAUCCGAUGCUUUGACGUUUGUCGAUAGUACAAACGUUUGUCGCCUUACUUGAUUCGUCGUCUACUCGGUCGACAAAGGUAACCAAAGCGAAGGAAACAAGAAAAUGUAGGAAGGAAGGAAGGAAGGAAGGAAGGAAGGAAGGAAGGGAAGAAAGAAAGGAAAAUAGGGGAUAAGUAGAAGAGAGGAAUGGGUAAAUACCGUAAAAUACAAUUGUUGCAAAUUUUGUUAAGAUUUAACGCGAAAUCGAAUUCUCGUGCAACGAAAUCGAUCUUUUUUAAACUCGCACAAAUAUAGGCAGGUGGUCGUUGAAAAAAAAAAAUUCCUAGGCAAUUUUGUUGCUCGCGUUUCGAGUAAGCGUGUUACUCGUCGAGCAAUUGUACCUCGGUCUCGAACGUUAUUUAAUGUAAUAAUUACCCGUCCAUCGAGCACGAGAAUGGUUCAACCAGCGAUCUUACAUCCCAAGGAACGAGUCGAGUUCGUUCGUAAACCGAUUCAUCGAAACGUAUCAUCGGCCAUUUUUUAUAAACGCGAAACGAUUGCGAUGCGAUUUUCUAACGCGCGAAUAAAACUUGUAAUCUCUUCUCUUCUGAAACAAACACACGCAUUACACCUACGCACACCUUGUUUCUCUCUUCUGACUUUGCUCUCGAUGCAUGCUCUCUUUUUCUCUCUUUUUCUCUCUUCCAACGAAAACCGUCUUCUGCUCUUCUCGUGAUCUCAUCACCGUCGAGGGCAGCGACGUUAAACGCGAAGAAAUAAAGAAGAAAAUCGAGAACCACCAGAGACAGGGCCACGUAAUUGAAAGGACCAAUUCGAUAGGGAAUAAAAUGCGCGUAAUGGAAGAAAAAGGGUAGAAGCGAUAGGAAAAAAAAACGUAAAAAUGAAAAAAAAAAAAAAAGAAAAAUAAGGUAAAAACGAUUCGCGUUCCGAGAAGAAAGUACGAUGUUCGGUACGAUGAUCAUCCGUCCAUCUAUGUAAACUUCUGACCAUCCUUCGUGAUCGAUAAUAAUCGACUUUAAUAAUGAAAGCUCCUCGAAGGUAAAGAGCUUUCCUCGAAGGAGCCGAACACCGUCUCUUUAAACGAAGUAGGCCUCGCUUCGAGAUUGAAAAUCUCGAUGAAAUUGCGAGGAAACGUGUACGGGGGAAUCUUUUUUCGGCGGUCAUCUCCUCGUUCAACGCGUCGUGCGUACCUACACGACCAGAGAGAUACACCGACGAAUACCCACAUUGCGGACCACAGCCUACCGAUUAGGCAAUUUUCUUCGAUCGAUGUUAUAUAUAAAUAUAAUAUAUAUACAAAUAUAUACACACACUAGUACAUAAUACACGCAUACGCGUAUAUACGUAUGUAUACACGUACAGACACACAAGUAAAACACACGUACCAUGUAUACACACAUAUUUAAUGUAUCCCUGUACCUGUGUGCGUAGUAAAACCGCGCCGAUUUUAUUGUCUUUUCUCGUUAGUACACGAAACAUCGUUGUUGGCAUAUUGAUCUUUGCUAUCGGAAAUGAUUUUCUAUUCGAUAUCGAAUCGCGACGCGGCAACAUGUUCCCAGUCCUUACGGAAUAUAGUUCAUGGUUUAUGAAUCACGAAUCACGAAUCAUUCUUUGUUUCUAUUUGUAUUUCUAUAUCUGUACGUAUGUCCAAUACAUCUGGAGAAAGUUAUCGUUUCAUCGAGGUUCUUUCAUCUCCUUUUGUAUACGUGUUUUUAACGACACACUAUACCCAUUGUCGCGUUCCUUUUAUUGUUCCCCUUGAAACCUUUUAUCACAGCUUAAUCUCGUUUUCUUUCCUUUUAUACCUGCAUUUUAAUAUCAAGCAUAACUCAGCGAUAGCGAGUAAAUAUUUCUUGGAAAAACAGAGUGUUGCAUAUGUAAUUGCAUCGAGUAGGAAAUCGAUUUCUAUUCAGCGUAUAAGAGAUACAAAAGGCAACGGUGUAAAAACGAUGAAAUAAAGACACGCCCUAUUCAAUUCA